UCACCGUUGCAUCCCUAAGUACGGUGAAGUACGAAGUCUCACUUUUUUCUCCUUGUGUCCAACCGACAGAUUGUCUAAACAAUGUAUCAGCUCAACAUAAGACUACAGAGGUGUAAGUUAUCCUUCUCUAUACAGCAUUUGACAGGCCUUAAGUACCCAUGGAUAGCACUUGGGGCCACUUCGGUAGUCUUCCCUCUUAUAUUGGAAUAUGAGGAGUGAUGAGUACUUGCCUUAUUCAAGAUACAGCUCCAAACGUAAAACAAUAUGUGAGUUGACCGAUAACCAAUCUGAACCGGUUACCGGUUGAACGGUUACCGGUCCACACCGGUUACCAGUUGAACGGUUACCGGUUGAACGGUUACCGGUUGAACGGUUACCGGUUGAACGGUUACCGGUCCACACCGGUUACCGGUUGAACGGUUACCGGUCCACACCGGUUACCGGUUGAACGGUUACCGGUCCACACCGGUUACCGGUUGAACGGUUACCGGUUCAUGCCGGUUUCCGGCUGAACGGUUUUCGCUGAAGCGGUUACCGAUUCCUACGAUCAAGCGGUGACUGAUCGUCACCGUUGCAUCCCUAAAUCAAUAAUUCGAUUGGCAUAUACGUCAAUGGACAAUCAAUAUUGAAAACAAUGAUCAAAUUGAAUUAAUUAAUUUAUAUAAAGCGAUGUUCUGGCUAUUGAAACAUCAGAUUCUCAUGUUUAAUGGGUUUAUCGAGCAAUCAACAAGGUUAUUAUUUUUUUCGACAGACUCAUUAUUUCGAAAUAUGUUUAACAAAAUUCUUUAUGAACUGCUUUUUUUUUGUUCGACACAACUCUUCUUGUUUUUGUACGAGAAACUUUUUAAUUUUCUCUUUGAUCCAAUUUUCUACAAGGAAAGGGAAUGGCUUUUUAAACUUGUGCUAAACAAAACUGAGGGUGUGUAUGUGAGUGUCGAUUUUGUGUUCAUUAACACCCACAUCCACACCCUUGUCAAAAUAAACUAUAUCAAGGAGGACAUUCAUAUGGAAACUGUAAAUUUCUAUGAAGGAGAACAUUUUCGAAUCGAUUUCGACGUAAGCGUAAACAAUUUGUAUUCAUUUUUUAUUUUCUUUUUAAAUAUAGUUCAAUGGAAACCGAAACUACAAAUUGUUUUCGAUCGAGUACAAGGACUUUAUCAAUCAAAAUGGUAUCGAUGUGGAAUACAACAUGUUAAACCUUUUAGUACAAAAAUAAAACGAAAAGCAAAUGAUAUUUUCAAAGAAUUUAAGAAUGAACAAUAA